AUGUUACCACGUCGAAAGGUCAAGUCCAAUAGCGGUGCGGGUCUGUUGAACACCAUAAUAAAUAGUGUACCAUUCGAAUUACAUUUACCAGGUUAUCAGUACUGUGGACCUGGGACUAAUUUAGGAAAAAGACUCGCUCUCGGGCAGACCGGCAUAAACGGUCUAGAUUCCGCGUGUAAAGACCACGAUAUAGCUUACGAGAAAAGUAAUUCUUUAUCCGAACGUAGUGCAGCCGACAGCAUUUUGGAAGAACGAGCUUGGAGCAGAGUGGGUGCGAAAGACUCUGGUUAUAAGGAAAAAGCUGCCGCGUGGCUUGUAACCACUGGUAUGAAGGCUAAACGUAAGACCGGUGCUGGAUGCGGGUUCGGUAAUAUUGUCGGCGCGUGUAAAAAAGCGAUUAAGAAAUCGAUUAAAACAUGCCCGUCGACGCCGAACAUGGGUAAAUUAAUUAAAUCUGCGGUAUGUGUUGCCCGAAAACAUGUGAAAACAAAUAGGGGUGCGAGGAAAAAUAAAAAUAAACUACCUCGUGUGAUCAAAGUCCCUAAAACCGGUGGCGCGCUAGCGUUGAUUCCUAUAUUGGCUGGACUUUCGGCGUUGGGUUCGCUGGCGGGCGGGGUGUCUAACAUCGUGAAGACAAUACGCAGUAUUAGAUCGAACAGCGGAUCGCCUAUACAAUUGGGUAAAGGCAUGUAUCUAAAUCCACAUAAAAGUGCUGGGGGUUCGUAUACUAUUGCCCGGAAAUCGAGUGUUCGUGGUUCGCACAAAAGCAUCGGCGGCAAUGGACUUAAGAAGGUUGCUGUUAAAAGAAAAAAAAUAUCAUCGACUAAAUUAAAAAAUAAAAAGUCAGUAUCCACAGUUCGGCGCAAAUCGACGAAAACAAAUACUGCUAGAAAAUCGUCGAGAUCGAAAAACUAA